UCAAAACGAAUCGUUCAAGAAUCGGCCAUCACAAUCAGUGCCGUAUAACGGGAUCUGUGAUCUGACAGGGCGAUGGCUCGGACAGCAAACCGAAGAAGAAUGAAGCUGAACAUGGAAAACGACUGUACUGCAUCGUGUUGUGUUUAAAUGCCUGAAGGACAGAGACUGACGCCCCGGACAGCGGUAUAGUGACGUCAGAGGAGCGUCUGUAGCCUCAUUGUCUGUAAUGCUGCUCAAUGCCGAAGGUGAGGGUUACGACCGUGUGCCAUUGCCUGUCCAUGCCGGUGUCCUGCUGCGGGGCGCUCCAUCACGGCUCCUCUCCGAGGAGAAUCGUCCACAGCCAGGCAGGAAUCAGGACUUGUUUGAGCCAACCGCGUGCUUCUGUUGGGCUGAAGAUGCUGCGGACUGCUUUCAGUUUGGAGGGAGUCGAGGAGCGGGACGAGGAACAAGAGGAUGAUGGAGAAGAUCAGAGGGAUGGUGGGAUCCCGUUCAUCAUUAAUAGGGGUGGUCUGCCCGUAAAUGAGGAGACCUGGGAGAAGAUGUGGCAGCACGUGGCCCGCAUCCACCCGGAUGGAGAAGCGCUGGGCAGGAGGAUACGGGGAACCAGCGACCUGCCCAAGAUUCCAGUACCAAGUGUGCCUACAUUCCCGGCCAGCAGCAGCAUUCCUCAUCGCCUGGAAGCCAUUCAGAAAUACAUCAGGGACUUGCAAUACAAUCACACUGGAACACAGUUCUUUGAGAUCAAGAAGAGCAGGCCGCUCACAGCAUUAAUGGACAUUGCCAAGGAAAUGACAAGAGAAUCUCUACCAAUCAAAUGUUUGGAAGCCGUUAUCCUCGGAAUUUACCUCACCAACAGCAUGCCGAGCGUCGAGCGGUUUCCUCUCAGCUUUAAAACACAGUUCUCAGGGAGUCAUUUCCGUCACAUUGUGCUGGGCGUACACAGCGGGGGCCGCUUCGGUGCUCUGGGCAUCAGUCGCCGUGAGGACCUGAUGUACAAACCGCUGGAGUACAAAACCCUCAGCGACCUCCUGCAAGAGUUUCAGGCGGCCUAUCGGGGCUACUGGCACACGCUGUGCAAGGUCAAGAUCGGUCAUUAUGUGUCACAUGAUCCCCACAGUGUGGAGCAGAUAGAGUGGAAGCAUUCGGUACUGGAUGUGGACAAGCUGUCCAAAGAAGAGCUGAGGAAAGAGCUGGAGAGACACACCCGGGAUAUGAGGCUGAAGAUCGGUAAAGCUGCUCCUCCAUCACCCUCUAGAGACCGGAGGAAGGAUAUGGGAUCUCCUCUGAGGAACCCGGGCAGCCCGAUGCGCAAGAACAGCCACAGCGACAGACGGCUGUCAAUGGAGAAGAGAGCGGGGCCGGCAGCGGAUCUGAACGGAUACCAGAUCAGGGUGUGAGAGAUUCGACAUGAAGAGGAUCCUCUGCUCACUCACACCUCAAACCAUUAGAAACAUGCAUCAUAUUUAUAUUCAUUUCACAUUUAUUCUGUAAAUACAGUGCAGUUAGCCUUUAACUCUAGUAGUAGACUAAUGUACAGACUCGUCUGUAGUGCCUUUGAUCAGAAAAAUGAUUCUCCUCCUUGUUUUCCAGCACAAAUAUCUAAACAUUCUUAAAUUAAGAUACAUUUACUGAAGCAAAAUGACUUCAAAUAUUAAGUCUUGUUUGUAUCAAAAUGAAGUGAGUUUGCGUGUAAAAAAAAAAGAAAGAAAGAAGAAUAAUUAUCUGCCAGUAAGGUCAGAAAAAUAAACUUGUUCUUCUCCAGUAAAUGUAUCUUAAUUUAAGGAUGUUUAGAUAUUUGUGCUGAAAUCAAGACAGAUAUUCAGAGGAAGAAGAUGAUUUUUUUGCAAGUGUGCUUAUACAGUCUAUGAUAAUAUGAGCAUGUAAAUCAGCAGACAAGGUUCAGUGGUUCUUCAGUGAAUGCAGCACUCGCCCCUUUGGGUUUUUAGGUUUUAUAUUUUUUUAACUCUUGAAAGACAGUUACACAUUACAAGCAACAUUUGAAGUCAACAUGAAAUGAUAACUGACUAAAUUCACAUUGCUGCUCUUAUUAAGAACGUUUCAUCAGUGCACAAUAUGCUACAGAAAUUAAUGUUUGUUCAUCAAAAUAUAACUUGCUCCACUUCUGAAACGUCUUUCUCUUUUAGCUGAUGUCAUCAGAUCACCUGUCAAUCACCUGUUUUCUCUGUUAAAUGAGGCAUUUGACUGGAGAAAUAAUGAGUUGUGGAUGUGAAGAUCUUUUCAUGUUGACUUUAAGAGGAUCGUGAUGCAGUUUGAGCGACAGUCUGUUUCAUCAGAUGAGAUUCUCCGACAGAACAUGAACAUGAACACACACCUUUACACACUGAAGCGCACUGAUACCUGAAGGAGACACUGAUGAUGAUGAUGAUGAUGAUGCUGGUGCUGUUAAAUCUUCUUCUCGUCGUCUGUCUCAUGUUCCCAUGAUGCAUUAGAAACACUUGAUUCCUGCCACAUGAUUAAUUACCUGCGUGUGAUUAACAGAUGUUUCCUCACCACUGGAAUGUCAUUCAUACACUUUUGUGACACUUGAAAUUGAAAUGUACAAUAAAUACUUUUGUCAAAUGAAA